UCAUCGAAUUUGUUCGUUCGUUUAACCUAAGGAGAAUAGUACACGUCGUCGUGCAAUUUUUAUUACAUCGAUUUGUGUGAAAACGUUACAGUUUCGCUGAACUUAAAAACCCAAAUUGUGCAUCGUGUUUUUUGACGAGCAGCUUUAUCAACAAACCUUCUGUUUUACGCAAAAAUAUUUACGAGUAUUAAUCUUCCACUUUUGAGAAAAAUGACAGACUCAAUGAAGUUUGGCCCAGAAUGGCUGCGUAAUAUGGCAGAUAACACAAACUUGUUAUCUAGUGGCGGUACAUCGUUGUCCAACAGCGGUAACGUUGUGACCACGUCAUCCAAUUCAAAUAAUGGUGGAAGUAGUGGCGGUCACCAUUCUUUUGGUAUUAUUUCAAAUGUGACAACGCCAGCCAUCACCCAAUUUUCUUAUGCUCUAGCUCCAAGGAAUACAUUUCCAGAAUUUCGCUAUGGUCGAGAAGAAAUGCUGUCGUUGUUUGAUAAAAACUAUAACAUGCCUGAAAUAUUACCAGCAUUUAAGACGAUAUUUGUUGAGAAAGUGCAGUUGCCUCUUGCGCUUACACCAAGCACAGACGAAGAGCUGCUACCACAAGCGCCACCGAUUCCAACACAGCGGCCUUCGUGGAUGCAACGAUCGCCAGUGGGGUUUAGCUCUUCUGCCAGAGGUACGGGAAGAGGGGGUUCUGUAGAUCGAGGUCGAAUGCGUGGUAAAUCGAAUUAUCAUCAAAUUUACCAACGGCCAACCGCUUUGUUUGGGGAUGACGAUUUACGUUCAGUUCCAAUAAAGGCUGACCGUGGCUGGCCGGAACGGAAUGGAGCCGCAGAUUUAUUAAAUACUAUUGGUGCUAACAUUGGUGGAAUUGGUUUGAGCUCAGACUGGAACGGAACUCCUACAUCAAGUCCCCGAAAAGAGUUCUCUAAUCACCCCCGCAAUAUGGAAAAUUGGCGUAGGAAUCGCAGCGAAGACGUUUCAAAUGAUGCAUCGACAAGUGGCCUGGGCAAUGCUGAGGGUUGGCGUGGUAGUAGCACCACUAGCGGUAGUUUCACAGGAUCACAUCGAUGGGGACGUUCCACAAGCUGGCGAGACGAGGAUGUAUCAUCGGCUAGUCCAGCUGAUGUUGGAUAUUGCAGUAGCGGCGGGAGUGGCAUGACGAUGCAACGUUCGUAUUCAAACAUAACAACUGUGAACGAACGAGGGGGUUAUAUUGGAAGUAGUGGUGGUAGCUGUUCAAGCAAAGCGCCUCAGAAUAAUACUUACGGUGGUAUUACUAACCAGACUUCUAGUCGAUCUUUCAACUCUCCUUCUGGUUUGAAUACAUCAUCAACGCGCACCGCUCAGUGGAAUAUUAAUAGUGGCGGUAUAGAUAGCUCGACUAGUGGUCGAGAUGGUGAAGAUAAUUUGCCGGAGUGGGCAAUGGAAAAUCCUGCGGAUGGCGGUGGAACUUUUGAUGCCAGCGGUGCUUUCCAUGGCUCCGUGGAUGAAGAUGAAAGCGAGGGCAGUGCCAAAGAAUGUCGAAAAAAGAGCGAUUCCAGCUGUGAAAGUUCUGCUCGCAACAACGAAGGCAGUUGCAUCAGAGAUGGAAAAUCUUCUGAAACCUCAACCUCAAGGACAACGACGUCCUUGGAAAAUGACCAUAACAAAAGCAUUGCAUGUGACACAUCCGAAAAAUCGGCUGCGUAUACGCCUGAAGAAAUUUCUAUAGAUUCAAAUAAAGAAAAGACUCCCGAAGCAUUAUCAGGAUCUAAAUUAAUUAAUGACGUUAUUUCAGAUGUCAUAAUUGCUGAAGAACUCGAUGCUAAGAAUUUAGCUGUAACGCACCCACAAAACGAAAGGAAAUCAAAAACCAGUAGUGCAGAUGUCGAACUAAAAACAGAAGUAGCAUCUUCAGAUGUUUAUUACUACAAUACGGCUAGUAAUUCAGUACCGAAAUCUAGUACUGUUACAACUGAUAGCAACAUCAGUGUUCAUCGUGACCUGUCCGAUCGUAUGCGAGAGGUUACAGAUGAUAUGAUUGAGAAGUUGAUUAUGGACGAUGACGCUAUUGGUAUUAAUGAUGAUAAUGUCCGAAAUGACAUAAAACCAGAAGGAUUGGCUCCAUCUGCACAAGUAACAAUAACACAAACGACCGAAGGCAAUAACUUAGGUGCUGCGCAUGUUUUUACAACUGUCACUGCCAUGCUUAAGCAAGCUCCGCAUCAGGCUCUUCAAGGUCCAUCUUCUGUUUCACCAACUUUGGCGUCUACCCUUACGGAUUGCGUUGUACACAAGGGAAUACAACUUUAUGGUGGUGGUGUAGUUGUCGAUCAUGCUACAAUGCAGCACCAUCAUUUGCAACAGCAACAGCUUACAGCUGUAGCUACAGCAAAUCUUACAUCAGUUGGUGGUUUACAACACGGUAUCAAUUCACCUACAUCAGCGGCAGUACCGGCGGAUCUUUGGUACUACAGGGAUCCACAAUCUAAGGUACAAGGCCCUUUCACAGCGAUUGAAAUGACUGAAUGGUAUCGAGCAGGAUAUUUCAAUGAAAAUUUAUACGUGCGCCGCUUAUGUGAUACACACUUCCAUUCGCUGGGUGAUCUGAUAAAACUCUGCAACGAUAAUAUGCCUUUCACACACAGCCACUUGAUACCAAAUUUAGAUAAUAUGCAUUUAUCUAAUUCUGCGGCGGUAUCUGUUAGACAACAACAAAAGCCGCAAAUAAUUGGUGAUUAUGCGCUAAAGCAAAAAACGCUUGAACAAAAUGAAUCACGCGAUCAACUUAAGGGCAACUUGAUCUCUGGAACAGAUUAUCUCGGUGGCAGUGUCAAAAACCUAAUGAUACCAGUGGAUGUUUCUAAUAUGUACUUCCAGAUGUUACGCCAUCAAGAGAUGUUAAUAUAUAGAGAACUUUCGGAUAACGAAUGCUUUCAACAAUUAGCCCCAUCCGAGAAAGAGACUGUUGUGCGUCAGAAGUUACAAAUACACUCCGAGUAUUUAUCUAGUCUGUCAGGCCUAAGUAAUACCUUGCCUUCUAUAAAUCCGACGUCGGCAACACACCAAUUGUAUGAUGUUAUGAUGGAUGGUUCUAAAAAGCUUUUCGGUAAUACUACCAGCACGGGGGGGGCAAGUACUUCUCAACAGCCGCAACCAAACUCAUUUUUGGAUACCGAUGAAUUCCUACGAAACUCACAACAUGUUCAACAGCCAGUUCAAACCGUAUUUAGCGCGAGUCCUUUUGUAAACGUAUUGCCACCUAAUGGAGAGAAUACUGGCACUGGUAAAUUAAGACGUGUAAAUGAUGAUCAAACAGAAAACGAAUUGCUAAAUAACUUUCAUAUGCGGAUGUUUUUACCCCCAGCUAGCAGUAACUCGCCUCUGAUCCCCAACCCAAAGCCUAGAGAUUUUAUGGGACAUCCAAACACUGAUUUUCUUAGUGAUACACAAUUAUUAGCGACUAAAAGUUUGCAAGGUCAAAACAAUUCCCUUGUGCAAUCAUGGUUAUCUCCGGUACCUAAUCGAGAAUCGAUUGCUCCCCAACAGUCAUCCAAUGAAUGGGCAAAUAACAUGCUGGUUGGAAUUCCAAUUACAGUUGAAGGAGGUAACAGCACUCCAAGAAAUGUAAAUAACUUGACGCAAGAAAUACAGCCACAGAAAGCAAUUCCAAUGUCAAUGUGGGAUUUACCGACGUUAGAAAAUGCACAAAGCAAGCAAAUAAAGCAAGGUGAAUCCAACAAAGCAAAUUGUGAAAACUCGAAAUCGUUAAGUAUACAAUCCAUCUCCCAAGAGGAGGAGCAAAUAAGUUUAAGGGACCGACAAAGCCUUAAACUUCAGACGUCAGAUAAUGUUGCUGUUGAAGAACAAGGCGGUGCUACCGCUCAAAUCCAGCAGCGAGAUUCAUCUAUAGCAGUACUGCCUACAACUUCAGGUUCGACCAAACAACGCAAAGAUGAUACUAGUGACAAGUAUCAAAAUGGAAAUACUAAACGCAUAAUUAAGCAGAAUCUCGCAGCGAAUAAGAAAGAAAAAGGAUCUGAUGAGAGUUUUGGUAGCAAAAAAAAUGAAGAGGAAAGGCGUCGAGAUCAAGCAGAAGAUAAACGUCGUCUAAAAGAAGAGAGAAAACGCCAGCAAGCAGAUGAAGAAAAGCGCCGUCAGCAACAGAUAGAUGAAGAAAAACGUCGCCAAAUGCUUGAAGAGAAAGAGCGUCAGCAACAAAUUCAAGCUUUGCGUCGAAAGGCAAUGAUGGGAAAUAAUUCCCAUGCAAAUAACUCGUCGAGUGGUUUAGUUGGCACAGUGGCUUCAAGCUCUAAACCUUCUAAAGAGCAACGGGUGCCAUCUUCAAUAGCCCCAUGGUCAACUCAUACUAACGCAACUGCAGCAAACGGGAGCCCAUGUCUAGCAGAAAUUCAGAAAGCCGAAAGACGAGAACGUCUAAUGGAACAGCGGCAAAUGGAGAUGUUUGUAAAGCGAGUGCGUGCCAGUGCUGCUGCUGCCGUUGAAGCAUUCGAUUCUAUGUUAAAAUGGAACGCACCUACAAAAGAUGUGCCAGUUAAAAGCUUUGCUGAAAUACAGGCCGAGGAAGCUAAGCGAUUAUCUAAUGAGCAAAUGGAGAUGCAACGUCGAAAAGACCAGGAACAGCAGCAAGCAGCUACUGCAAUGUGUGCAAAUAGCAAUACUGGAUUUGGGCCCAACAACAUUUCUGCCAUAUGGAGCGGCACAAAAGUUUGGGGACCGACAAGUACCGCAAGUUUUUGGGAAGAACCAAUUAAAUUUAGUGCCGCCGUUGCUGCUAAUAACAAUUCAGGCAUCUCAGCAGUUGCUGAAACUGGCUUUAGCUCUGGUAAUAUUAACAUGAACAACAAACUGAUACCCACCUUACAACAAAAAUCACCAACAUCAAAUGCCGUAAUAACUGCAAAUGAUGGACAAAAUAUAAACGUACAACAGAAUACUGGAACACGCAACUUGCGUAAAAGCCAAACUGUGUCUGUAAUGCAAAAUACUGGAACACAUAGUGGCAAAAGUUCUAAGAUCAAUAAUUAUUGCAAUACUGCGAAACCAGGUCCCUGUAAUAAGGUCCAACCACAAAAAGCUGGAGUUAAUAAUCCCGACGGAGUAUCUGGGACAGAGAAAAGGGGCGCAUCGAAGACUCAACUUAGCAUUGCCGUCGGUACUGGCAUUACAUAUAAUAGUAAACGAGAUGAUUACGAAAAUGAUUUUAUUGCUUGGUGUACGAAAAUUCUUAACAGUAUGAAUACAAAACUUGAUGUGCCUACAUUUGUAACAUUUUUACGAGACUUGGAGUCACCUUAUGAGGUUAAGGACUACAUUCGGAUGUAUUUGGGUGAAAACAAGGAAUCUGUAGACUUUGGUAAGCAGUUUCUCGAGCGCCGUAGCAAAUACAAAAAUUUGCAACGGGCACAAAACGCUCACAAUGAUGACAUGUGUAAACCGGCACCCGCUAUAACACCUUCAGGCAAUGAUAAUUCCGACAAUAAGGGAAAACAAAAGAAAGUGAAGAAAAAUAAAGUGACGAAGCUAGACGCGCGCAUAUUAGGUUUCUCCGUUACUGCUGCUGAAGGUCGUACGAAUGUGGGUGAUCGGUUUUACGUGGAUGCACCAUAAAUAUUAUAACCGAAUAUUAAAUUUUAUCAGCAGUUCAUCUCAAUUCACACGCAGAACUGAACAACAAGCUGAGAGACAGGAACACACGCAAAAGUUGUGUAAGAACAUGAAACGGAUGACAUGUUUAUUUUGUUUCCAUAUUCAAUACUUUGCAUUAUUAUUGAGCUUCUGCUGGUAAAUAAGUUAAUUUACGUAUACAAUUUUGUUAAAUAAAUAUUUUUUGGUCUUAUAAAAUAAAACUCAUUUUCCCUAUA